AUGGCCAACCGGAUUCUCGGCACGGCUCGUUUCCACCAAGAAAACACUCGCCUGCUUCGGUUGGUAGUUCCAGCACUGCUGCUCAUCACCAGUGGUACAUUUGCUCAAUCAAAGGACCAAGUCUGUCUAGGUCCGCCAAUCGAGCUUGGCAUCGCUUUACAGAGACAUGUGGGCUACAUCACGAACACGACUGGCGGCUGCAACCAGAUGCUGCACAGCGGUCUGGGUGGGAUCCUCAAGAUCUCCGACGAGGUUCGGGAUGCAUUGGAAUCGAACCGGCCCGUGGUGGCCUUAGAGUCUACGAUAUACACCCAUGGAGCAGUUGCACGUAGCGAGCUCGGGCUAGAGGAUAUCGUCCGCCAAAACGGAGGCACUCCUGCCGUCAUUGGAGUCUUGGCUGGCGUGCCUACAGUCGGCCUGACAGAUGCCGAGGUAGAACGCAUGAUAUCAGAGGGCGCCAACAAAGUCUCCCGGCGAGAUCUUGCAUACCUGGCUGGGUUGGGCAUGACUGGGCGACAGAUUCACGGAGGAACUACCAUUGCUGGGACAAUGCUUCUCGCAAGGCUGGCGGGUAUUAAGGUCUUCGGCACUGGUGGUCUCGGCGGAGUCCACCGUGGCUGGGAGUCGACAAUGGACAUCUCGGCCGACCUGACCGAGCUAGGUAGAACGCGCGUGGCGGUGAUUUGCAGCGGCAGCAAAGGCUUCCUUGACAUCCCUACAACUCUCGAGUACCUGGAAACGCAGGGCGUGCUCGUCUCCACCUUUGCCGAAGGCCGCACCGGAAAGGUUGACUUUCCGGCUUUCUGGGCGCGGGAGAGCGGCAUCAAGAGCCCGUCUGUCAUCAACACGGAGGCGGAAGCGGCAGCCAUUAUCCUCGCGCAGGAGGAACUGGGCAUAGAGACCGGAAUUUUGUUUGCAAGCCCCAUCCCUGAACAGCAUCAAAUUCCGCGAGAGGAGAUGGAUGCCGUGAUCAAGCAGGCAGUCUCGGACGCUGCAGAGCAGGGCUUUACGGGAUCCCAAAACACCCCCUUCAUACUCGGCCAGAUCCGGAAACUGACGGAUGGCCGAAGUGUGCCUGCGAAUGUGGCCUUGAUUAAGUCAAACGUCGAAAGGGCCACGAAAAUCUCUGUUGAGCUGUCGAAGCUCUCAGGGGGUUCUUCAGCGACUAAAAUCUUUCCCACAAGCAACACUGUAAAAACUCAAGUAGAUCCAAAAGCCGGUCAAAAAACUGCCGAAAAGGUAGAGACAGUUGGAGGCGUCGGACACAACGUUGCUCUGGCUGCUCAUCGAGUUGAUCGCAAUGUGAAGGUGCGGUUGUGUAGCUUGGUUGGAGACGACUUCGCCGGAGCAACUGUUCUUUCAAAGCUAGAAUCCUCUGGGAUGGACACAUCGUGCAUCCGACAACUGGGACCAGAAUACCCCUCGGCACGCACGGCACAAUAUGUGGCAGUCAACGGCGCCGACAAAAACCUUGUUCUCGCCAUGGCCGACAUGGGAAUACUUACUAGCCAUUCAUUCCAAAAGUACUGGGACUCGGCUAUCGCUGCUUCACGUCCCUCAUGGCUGGUUGUAGACGGUAACUGGAGUGAGACCGAUAUCCAUGAGGGAUGGAUACGAUCUGGGCGCCAACAUGGAGCCAAGAUCGCCUUUGAGCCGGUGUCCGUGGCGAAGUCUGCCCGGCUGUUCCCUCGAUUGAGCUCCGCGGCGAGAAGCAACCACGACGGGCUACUGCAUCCGUCCCCUCUCGUGGAUCUAGCUACACCCAACAUCCAUGAACUGGCAGCCAUGUAUAACGCGGCCAAGGAGCAUGGCUACUUUGACGACCUCAGUUGGUUCAGUAUGAUCGAUGCCCUGGGCAUGAGGGGAGCACGCGAUCGCUUCGUCCGUCUCACAUCAACUGCUCUUACAGACACUGGAGUACCACAACAGAUAAUUCACCUCCUUCCCUAUAUACCCUCCCUCCUAACUAAGCUCGGCGACAAGGGCGUGCUUCUGUCCAUGCUUCUUUCACCCGACGACGCCCGAGUUCGAUCGAUCGAGGCAGAUCCUUAUAUCCUAGUCAGGGCUACGGGAGACCACCCUCAUGUUGGCGCCGUGUACAUGCGCCUGUUCCCGGCCGCCGAGGACGUGCAAGACGUGGUUUCAGUGAACGGAGUCGGCGAUACCUUCUGCGGAACACUAAUUGCGGGACUGGCUCGCGGAGCAAAGGUGGAAAAUCUCAUUGAUGUCGCCCAGAAGGCUGCCGUAUUGACGCUGAGAAGUCACCAGUCGGUGAGCGACGAGGUAGGCAAGUUGGAGCCUGAGCUGGCACGGAUAGCCCGUUUGUAAUUUACUUGCGCACGCUCUCCCGCCAAGUUUCUCUAUUUGCUUUCCAAUACAAAUCGAAAUACAAACACAGCUUAUUUACCUCCC